GAUGUUUCCGUGUUUUGGGUUCGAGGCUACGAAAUGGCCGAUGCUCAAAGUAUGGAUCCCAGAGCAAGAUAUAAAAUGUAUCAGCUGUUGCCAUUUGCUAAGAAAAUCAUGUCAUCGUUUCAAAUACUCUUGUUCCCUUAUCCAUAUUUCAACAAACGUGAAGUGGGAUAACUAAAAAUAUUAUUAUCCCCAAUGAUUGCAUCAACGUGAUGUUUCAUUUCUUGUAAACAACGUACUCUCAAUAUUUUCUUAGUAAAUUACUUGAAUAGUGUGUAAGUUAUCAAAGUUUGUAACGAAUUGCCAAUUUACAUUUAGUUCUAAGAGUUACUCUCUUAUUGCUGUUAUAUCAAUAAUCUACAAGUCUUAACAACUGUGUCGCACUUUUAACCAUGAAAACAGAAUAGCGUAUCUGAGAGAUAGCAAUUGAAGAUUUGGGAGUUUAACAUGAAUGAAGAGUUACCUAAAAUGGUGCACGCAAGCGACGUCAAGAAGCCUUUGCCGGCAAAUGACAGUCAUUCAAAGAUAGCAAAAUCUUCUGAAAUUGCCAAACCACUUUACUAUCAACAACUGGAAAGAAGUCUCAAUUUGCAACCAGCUUUGUCGUCUUGUGAGAGUUUGCUCUACGGAAAUGAUAAUAACAACGACGACCUUAGUAGUGAUUCUGACAGCGAAGUGCUGAAGUUUCUCGAUAGUAAAGGUGCUUUGAAUGGAAUCGUCUCUUCCAAACAUGAUCUUCGGUCCGACCGCAUGAGACUGUACAAUUUCGCGCAAGUAAAUGAGGACCGGGCGUGGCUACAAGAUCUCCUUGUUGAUGAUUCAUCCGACUCGUCAGACGACAAGGAUGACGACACUCCCAUCACCGAAGAAGACUUGCAAACCAUGCUCAAAAUGCACUUGUACAACAAGAAAUACCAGAGCAAAUUCUACACCAAUCCUGAGAAUCGUCAAUAUCAGUAUUACGGUGCCGGCUUGCUUUCCAACUAUGACAAAUUCCCAGAGCACCAAAUGUCAGUCGUUGGAAGCAGAAAGAAAAGGAAAGCUGGCGCGUCUAAACGGGAUAGAAUUAAAAAGGAAAUCAAAGAAGAAAAAGUGAACUCACACAGUCUUGAGAGCCAUGAUAUGGAUGGCAGCCGUGACUUCUACCUACAUGAUGCAAAACCCUCAAUGUCUGGCAAAAGUGGAAUGGGUGGUAGAAGUAAAUCGAAGAAAAAGUCUCAAAACAAAGAUCCUGAAGUUAUGGCUUAUAGGAGACGGAAAAUCUGGUCAGUUAUGGCCAAGAAAGAAGUAGGCAAGGUACAAAGAUCAAGAACAACUAACCACAAAGAAGUUCUCACCAGUUGUCGGAGAGUUGCUCAGUAUUGUAUGCGCUACUGGCGUCAGAAGGCUAUGCAGUCGCAGAGAAACAUGAAAGAAACUGUUUGGCGCGCGAAGCGAUUGACGAGAGAAAUGCAGACCUACUGGAAGCGUUGUGACCGUGUGGAAAGAGAAACACGAAAACGAAUGGAGAAAGAAGCAGAAGAACAAAGGAAAAUGGACGUGGAAUUGAUGGAGGCAAAAAGACAGCAGCGAAAAUUGAACUUUUUGAUAACACAAACGGAGCUGUAUGCUCAUUUUAUGUCUCGUAAAUUGGGUGGAGCGAGUGCCGAAGAACAAUUGAGAAUUCUCAGUCAACUUGAAGAGGAGAAAAAUCCCAGACUUGCUGCCAUCGAUGAUUAUGAUAGUGAGACAGUUAAAGAAACUGUUAGAAAAAACGUGCAGAGUGCAUUCAAUAAGGAGUUUCAUGGAGAAAAAUUGGAGGACAUUGGAAUGGAUCGACCUGAUGAGGAAAGACCCCAACCUUCCUUAUUCAAAGGGUCUCUAAAAGGCUAUCAACUGAAAGGAAUGAACUGGCUGGCCAAUCUCUAUGAUCAGGGAAUAAAUGGAAUACUGGCGGAUGAGAUGGGUCUUGGAAAAACAGUUCAAUCAAUUGCAUUUCUCUGUCAUAUAGCUGAAAAAUAUUCUUUCUGGGGCCCGUUCCUGAUUAUUUCUCCCGCUUCGACACUUCAUAAUUGGCAACAAGAAAUGGCUCGAUUUGUUCCUGAUUUCAAAGUUGUUCCUUAUUGGGGUAGUCCUCAGGACAGAAAAAUUCUGCGCCAGUUCUGGGAUGUGAAAGGGCUGCACACGAAAGAAGCGAGCUUCCACGUUGUGAUCACCAGCUACCAGCUUGUUGUAACUGACUUCAAGUAUUUCAAUCGGUUCAAAUGGCAGUACAUGAUACUGGAUGAAGCGCAGGCUCUCAAAAGUACCAACAGUAUGCGGUGGAAACUGCUGCUUGGCUUCAGCUGCCGCAACCGACUGCUGCUGUCGGGCACACCCAUCCAGAACAGCAUGGCCGAGCUGUGGGCACUGCUGCACUUCAUCAUGCCCACCAUGUUCGACUCGCAUGACGAGUUCAACGAGUGGUUCUCCAAGGACAUCGAGAGUCAUGCCGAGAACAAGACUAGCAUUGAUGAGAAGCAUCUAUCAAGACUGCACAUGAUACUGAAGCCAUUCAUGUUGAGGCGGAUAAAGAAAGAUGUGGAGAACGAGCUGUCUGAUAAAAUAGAGGUGAUGGUGUACUGUCCACUGACAACUAGACAGAAAAUGCUGUACGCUGCGUUGAAAAAGAAAAUCAGGAUAGAAGACCUGCUUCAUUAUUCCGGACAGUAUCAGUCGGCCCAAAGCAUAACAUCCAACUUGAUGAACCUGGUUAUGCAGUUCAGAAAGGUUUGCAAUCAUCCCGAAUUGUUUGAACGUAGAGAAGCAAAAUCACCAUUUUUCAUGCGAUGUUUAGACUAUGUCAUACCACAGCUAGUGUUUAAAGAAGGUCUUUUACAUAGAGCAAUUCCCAGCAUUCGACAUCUGCUCUACAAUCAUCUCAGUAUUAUGAAUCCAAAUCAUGUGCAUCGGACGUUGUUUCCUCAAACUGAUAAAACAGAAAUAUCUUCAAAUUGUGAUAGUGCAUUCUCCUUCACGCGAUUUAUUGACUUAUCUCCUGAAGAAACGUUCAGGUUGACGAUUGGAGGACUUACCAACAGGUUGCUACAUUUGGUGAAAAUUAUGGAGAUCGAAAAUAAAUUCAAUCACUGUACCAACUGGUGGGAAAAUGAGAAGAUUCGACUGAUAAUGCCUCAGAAGAGAUAUCCUCAAGGCCUUGUGUUCACGGCGCACGAGGGCCACACGUGUGUAUUCUCACAUGUCCGCAAUGUGCACUACUCGUGUGCUGAAACCAUCGAACAUCGGCUGCUUCGAAGCAGGAAGGCUCAACUUGUACAGUUGGCGAAAAUGUCGGCCGAGGUGUCAUCGUGGCCGCUAAGCUCCUCCCCCGUCUCAGUGACACGCAGCAGCAGCCAAUCGCCGACCAAGAAGGAGCAGCAGGCGAAGGCCAGCUCGACCAGUCCCGUGGCCGCCUCGCCCGAAGGGGGCGUGGCUACAAUUCCCACCAAGCUGGUGCUGUUGCCUGAAUUCAGACACGUGCCUCGCUCACCCAGGGUACUCGAAUGCUACCCCACUGUGCUGCCCUCAUUUGUCUACAAUACACAGCCAAAGAUUCAAGUUGGCUCGCGAGACAUGUACGCCAGUUGCAGUGAAGCGGCUUGGUGGCUCCUGGAGCACAACCAGUGCUCGACUAAGACCGGACAAGACGUGAUGUGGUAUGGCAGCCCCGAGGUUGCCCAGUUGUAUCGGACUAGUAGCAUGUAUUUCACUCCCAUCACAGUGGGUGGUCUAAGUGCUUCGUCACCUCUCAAAGGGUGGUCCAACAUCAACAUACCUGACAAACAAACCUUGGUCACGGAUGCUGGAAAGCUAUACGUUUUGGAUAAUUUGCUUAAAAGACUGAAAGAACAAGGACAUAGGGUGUUGAUUUACUCGCAGAUGACAAGGAUGAUAGAUUUGUUGGAGGAGUAUAUGUGGUACAGGAAGUUGACCUACAUGAGGCUGGACGGCUCGUCAAAGAUAUCAGACCGGCGGGAUAUGGUGGCCGACUUUCAGUCGAGGGACGACAUUUUUGUGUUUCUGUUGAGUACGCGUGCCGGUGGGUUGGGUAUCAACCUGACGGCGGCCGACACCGUGAUAUUCUACGACAGUGACUGGAAUCCCACCGUCGACCAACAGGCCAUGGAUCGGGCGCACAGGCUGGGACAAACCAAACAGGUGACGGUUUACCGACUUAUCUGUAAAGACACAAUCGAGGAGCGCAUUCUACAACGAGCCAGGGAGAAAAGCGAGAUACAACGAAUGGUGAUUAGUGGCGGCGAUUUUAAACCCGACACGUUGAAACCGAAAGAAGUGGUCUCGUUGCUUUUGGACGAUGAUGAGAUUGAACAGAAGUACAGACAGAAGCAGGCGGAAAGGAGACAACUGGAGGAGAGUCGACAGGAUGGAUACAAGGAGAGGGAGAAGGAGCGCAAGAGAAAGAAUAUGGGAGCGUUCAAGGAGCCUGUGAAGCAUACACGAGUAGAGGAAACAGUGACUGAGGACGCCGCCAUCUUUGGAUUCGAUUCGGCACCGGCUAGUCCAGCUCAGAGUGAUGGAAGUGCAAUGCAAGAUGAUACCAGCAGUGAUGCUCUGGUGGUUGAUAUUGACGCCACUGAGACAGUUACCACUCCAGUUCGGCCUCCUGGUAUGAAAACCAGAGGACGGCCCAGGUCAAGAAGAGGGAUGCCUGGGAGAUCACCAGCUUCACCAAACCUGACGGCAGCGCACUACCAGCUGUCACCACGUGGCACGUCCGUGAAACGGGGCCCGGGGCGACCGCGGCUCAAGCCAAUGGGCGGACCGGCACAUCAGGGCUCCCGAGGCGCAGGAGUAGGAGGAGGAGGAGGUCACUUCAUGGCUGGCCUCACCAACUUGCAGUCGCUGGUUCCUCCUCAGCCCUCCUCCGAGCCCAUCAAGCCGUUUGGCUACUACACGCAGGACCUCGAACUCGUUCCCCUCAACACUGACGACACGUGACACUAGCUUGGUGGUAGUGUGCAAAUAUAACUUUUCUAUUAUUAAUUAUGUAUUGGUUUGGAAAAAUAUUUAUUGAUAAUAACUGGAGGACUAAUAUAAUUUUAUUAUAUUUUAAAAAUGUAUCCCUUAAUAUCUACUUAAUUUGUUAGCUUUUGUAUGAUAUUGAAUAGCUAGCUACAAAUUUGACUGAAUUAUUUGUCAAUUAUUUCAUUUCUGUUACCGUCUCAUUCAUUUUGUAUAAAUUAUUUCCCCUAUUAGUAACUAGCAUUUAUCAUAAUUUUUAAUGUUACUAGUUUAUCAUCAUAGUUUAAAUUUAGAAAGAAAACUGUGUACUAUUAUUAUUCUGAUCUGAAACGAAGAGCAUUUGAAUUAUAAUUGAAUUUUUCAUACUAGAAGUACAUAACACUUUGAUUGAAAAUUUGUCAGUUUUUAUUGUUGAUUGAUUAAUCAUCAGCUCAAUCUAUUCAAGAUUUCAAUGUUAUUAGUAUAAAUUAUGUUUUGACAUCAACUUAUUGAUAUAAACUAGUGAUUAAUGAAGAAAUAUUCUUCAAGUAUAAUAGAUUUGAAAAUUGAAGAAUCCUGCAAAUUCAUUGAAUUAGGUUCUUAUUGUAAAUAUAAAACGCUUUAAAAUGAAUCAUCGAUCAAAUUUUAAGUUUGUUAUCUCCUCAUCCAAAUAAGGAGAUACUGUAUUUGAUAUCAUCCCCAAUUUUGUAAUCUGGGUAUCGGGGUUUUCUAUGAAAUUGCUCUCACGUAUAUUAUUUAUUCAUUUAAGCAAAAACUUUACUGUAAUAUGUUAUUUUGAUGAAUAUUUCCAAUUUUCAAUAACACCUACAUUUUCAAUGUUCUUAUUUAUUCAAUUAUAUUAUCAAUAUUUGAUUAUAUUAUCAAUAUAAUAACAAUUUCUAUUGCAAUACAGUAGGCCUAUGCCUAGAAAGCUAUGUGAUAGAGCUAGUAAAGUACAAAAAUAUUCGCUUUUACCUUGAAGCUCUUUAUCUCGGAAUAUCAAUUAUUGUAUUGUACCAAUGUUAAUGAUAAGACAGAGUUGUGCCCAAGGCUGUGAAUUAGAUAAGGGUACUUCAAGAGAUGAUCACUAUGAAAACCAAGGAUAUAUUGAAAAAAUGUACAAAAUUACUUGAGUGUCUGUAUGCCUAAAUGAGUGAACAAUUCUUUAAUAUUCUUAUUAAAAUAUUUUUAAUAAAACUGAACCAUCAUAGAUGUUUUUCAAUCAAAUUGGA